CAUCACCGUUCGAUUCGUCGCAUAGGGCUGUGCAUGUUGUGUAAUAAUUUCCCCUUCCUUAUGUGUUUUGAUUGUGCUACUGCUACACACCAGUUUCUUUACAAUCGUUCUGUUGUUGCUGAUAGUAUUCCUCCAUAUUCCCAACGGCAGCUGUUAUUACGCAUCAACUUUGAAAAGCCGGUUGCUUAUCCGCAGUGGUGCAAAGCUGUUCGUCAAACGUCCACAAGAUACACGCUGACAUCUUAUCUAGUCGAUACUACCCAGUAAGUGUCUCCUCUCCCGGCAACUUUUCUGAGCAAUUGUUAGGUAUAGGAAAUAUAAAGUACAAACGAUAAACUGAUAAGAUAGCGGUUUUGUGCUAAAUCGAAAAGAAAGAAUCGCCGCAUUCGGCUGCAUUGCAGUGACAGCGCUCGAAUCAGAAUGUCCUUGUUGAGAGAAUCCACCGAACCCACCCUGGUGACAGUUCGGACACUCAGUGUGAACAAGUACGAGAAAACAGCUUCGCGGUCGUCCAGCACAGAUCGUACCUCAGUGUCUUCCACGCCAGCGAAGGAUCAGGUAUCGAACAGGAAAAGCGAUGGUUUUUUCGGCAGCGGUGAAAAAAGGAAAGCUCUCGUGUAUAACGAUGGCACCUUCAGCAUCACCUUGCAUCAUUACGACAGCCUGGUUAGCGAGCUCAAGUGCCCGGGCUGUGCGCAACCAUUGUUCGGACCCAUCAACUUGUGCCAAACGGGACACAGUGUUUGCUCGCGCUGUUCCAGUCGCCUUAAUACGUGUCCACUGUGCCCGAAAAAGGUGACCGAGAUGAGGAAUUACACUCUGGAGGCGAUUGCGAGUAAAGUGCAUUUUCCGUGCGAUCAUGCUAUCCGUGGGUGCACCGUUCGGCUGCCACUGGAGCUACUCUGGUGGCAUAAAGAUCGAUGCGGUUUUAAGCAAAUCGACUGCUUUAUGGGUAAGGUCUGGGAAAACUGUCGCUGGAUAGGAUGCGAGAAAGACUGGAUCGAACAUUGCGUAUCCGAGCAUCAGGACAAAGUGUACAAUUCGCCCGAUAUAGUGCUAACUUGGAACUACGGCGCCGACAGUCAAAGAUGCAUUCAGCUGCAGUCGGUUAUUGCGUACUACGUGAUUCGCGCCUAUGGCGAGUACUUUAACGUGUACCAAAUCUACGACCAGAACAGCCACCGAUCCAUUUGGACGGUGAUUUGUGCCACCAAAAAGUCCCGGAUUAGCAACCGUUUUGCGUUCGAACUGGAGCUGUACUCGCCCAUCGAGAGUGCCAAACUGCUGGUGCAACGCUUUUCCUGCCACUCCGAGAGCGAUGCGGACUUCCUGAAGGACGGCAACUGUGCUAAGAUCGCUAUUCAAGACGCGAUACGAUUCAUGACCAAGGAAAAGGUUUUAUACUACCGCAUUCGUAUCAUAGAGGUUGCCCCCUCUCGUAGCCGCAGCCUGGUUAUGAUCACCCAAAGCCAUCAGCUGCCAGGACCACCCUCCUAUAAUGCGCUUCCCAUCAAUUACUCCGCCACAAGGAUCGAAAACGUCAACAUCAAGGCCGUUGCCGAGAAGAACAUCAUCGUUCGCAACGGAAUCGAAGAGAAAAAAGAUGAACCUAACCCUCCAACCCAGCAGGAACUGGAUCAGCAAAGUAUCCACUCAAACGAAUCAUCUGCUGCCUCUACCAUCACCGAGGAAGAUCCGGAGCAGGAAGCUUUGCCAGAAGAAGACCGGCAGAAUCUAUCUAAGGCGGCAAUAAAGAAAGCCACAUCGACUCCAAUUCUUGGCCGAGUGAACUCCUUCCCCAAGCCACCGAGAGUCCACAUUCAAGCUAGUCCCAAAAUACAAGCGCCUUCUUCGCCAGAGAUAAAUUCCGGUUCCAGCGGACAACAUCUAGUACGCUGUCGGCUGGUAGAACGGCAAGAUAGCAUCAAAAUGAAACCGAUCUACAGUGGCAAUGAAACUGCUUCACAGCUGCAAAAGUCCAGCGAAAGCCUCAAUUCAUACUCCAAAGGCUUGUCCAAAUUUUAUAACCUAACAACCUACAAAGCGGCUUCGAAGUUAUGGAGCAAAAAAUAGAUGAAAAUAUGAGCUAAAGAAACUUGCAAAAGCAUUCGUGUUAAUAACAUGAUUAGACAAAAACAUAAUUUAUUAAUAAACUUCCCAUUUUACUUUGCCGAUAAAUCGGCUGAUCGAUGAAUUCAAUUUACAUCUCGUUAUCGUCUGGAUGAUAGAGUUCGCUUAGCAAACGAUACACAUAGGACGGAGCAUUUCCACCGCUGAAAGAC